AUGUGUGUGACCGUCUCCUCCUCUUCUACGUUGGAUAGUGUUGCUGCUGCACCUGCUGCUGCUGUUGGCGCUGCAGUGUAUUCAGGCUGCCCCCUUGCAACAGGGGGGACCCCUGCUGCUCCUCCGCUGCUGUCUCCUUCGCCGCCCCCGCGCAGCAGCUCUGCAGCAGCAGCAGCAGCAGAUGCAGCAGCAGCAGGUGCAGCAGCAGCAGGCGCAGCAGCAGCAGCAGCAGCAGCAGAAACACCACAGCUGCUGUGGGGGGCCCUCAGUGGGUUUGUCUCCUCUCUUAUUCCUCCCUGCCGCAUGCGGGUGAUUACAGCUUAUGGCGACGAGCUGCUGCUGCUGCUGUCUCCUGUGCUGCUGCGUCUGCAGCAACAGAACAGCAGCAGCAGCAGCAACAGCAACAGCAGCAGCAGCACCUUGCUGCAGGUGCGCUAUGCAGUCAGGUGUCUUGCGAGCUCUUCGCUGCUGCCUGAGCUGCCGGCGCUGCGGCGUUUUUGCAGCGAGCAGCAGCAGCAGCAGCAGCAACAGCAGCAGCAGCAGCAGCAGCAGCAGCAACGGCCCAUCGAGGACCUUGGGGUUUUCAAAGGAGACACAGAAACCCUCAGCGGCAGCAACGCCAGCAGCAUGGAGACAGACAGCUGCUGCAGUCCCUCUGUGGUGGGUGGAGACACUCCUGUAUCAGCUGCAGCAGCAGCAACAGCAGCAGCAGCAGCAGCAGCAGCAGCAGCAGGAGAUACUGAAGCGCCUGCUGCAGCAGCAACAGCAGCAGCAACACGAGGCGGCCUGCUGCUGCGCGGUGUCUCCUCGCUGCCGCAGCAAGCACUAGAUAUGGCUUGGGCAGCAGAUACAGAACACGCCACACAAAUGCCCAGAGUCUCCUGGGCCUCCUUCCUCCCCUCAUCGUUCCUUUCGCUGCUGCAGCAGCAAAAGCAGCAGCAGCAGCAGCACUUGCUGCAGCUGCAGCAGCAGCAGCAGCAGCAGCAGCAUUGGGUGGACAGGUUUCUGUUGGCUCCUACGGGGCGAUUGCCUCUGCUGCUGUGUGCAACAGCAGAUGCGCAGCAGCUGCUGCUGCUGCAGGUUGAUGCUGCUUCGUCCGUGCUUGGAGUGCAGCAGCUGCAGCUGCUGCUGCUGCAGCAGCAGCAGCAGCAAGAGGAGAACGAAGAUAUCUUCCCAGGCCUGAAUAUGGAGGCUGUGGCGGGUAUCUUCAGAACACCGCAGCAGCAGCAGCAGCAGCAGCGGCAGCACUCGCACCACCUGUACUCACAGCAGCAGCAGCAGCAGCAGAAGCAGGCGGUGCUGCUUGCUGCUCAAGUCGUUGAGCUGCCUGCCCCCGUAGCCUUUCCGCAGGCAGUGACAUCUGUGCUGCUGCUGCUGACUGCUGCGCUGCCUGAUGCUGCUCCUCCGAGGCAGCAGCAGCAGCAGCACCAGCACCAGCACCACCAGCAGCAGCAGCAGCAGCAGCAGACAGCCGUGCUGACCCCGUGGCUGCUGGCCUUCGCGGAGCCUGGAGAGACACGCGCUGCACUGCAGCAGCAGCAGCAGCAGCAGCAGCAGUAG